AAGAAAGCAAGUGAGCUUAACCUAGGCAGCACUUCUGCGUUUGGUUUUAGUAUGCUCACUAGGCUUUCAGGAGACAGACAGUGUUUGUGUUUACAUGCGGUUUUAUCACUUUUACUCAUAAUUUAGCUAUAAGUCCACACUUUUUUUUCUUUGUCUUCUUAUUUUGUAGCCUUUUCAGUUUAUUAUCAGCAAGAUCCAUAGCAAUGUGUCUGAUAAGUGGGCGGAAAAACAGCGCAAUAAUAUUUCCGGGUGUUUGGAAGGGGGGAACCCCAUGGUGUUUUUCUACCGUGGGUACAUAACCAAAAAGUCAAAAGCAUAUCAAUGUUAUCAUAACGUGCUGUUGGUACAGACAUUUCAUUUAAAAGCUCAAUGGCUUCUGGAUCAGCAGCUUCAGACCCGUCGUUAAACGGGGUUUCGUCCACACCUGGUGAGAACGAGUACCCGUCGGGUUUUCCUCAGAGCAUCUGCGACGAGGUCCCCAAAGAGAAGUACUUGUGCAGCAACUGUAAUAAUGUCUUGAAUAAAGCGCGUCAAACGGUGUGUGGUCACCGCUACUGCCUCGCGUGCGUCAACUGGCUGGUCAGAAACAACAAGGACCUUGUGUGCACAAAGUGUAAAGAAGAAGAUCCCAGUGUUGAGAGUGACACUAGUGUACUGACUCUUGACCAAUUCUUCAAUGAUGCGGCUAUCAAUAAAGAAAUUUUGGAUCUGAAAGUUCACUGUGCUAACCAAGGCUGCCCCUGGAGAAGCACCCUGAAGAACUUUGAGGACCAUCAGAGCCAAUGUGAGUAUGCUCUGAUCCCUUGCAAUAUUGGCUGUGGCAUAAUGGUGCAGAGGAAGACACUGGCCACGCAUCUGGACAGGGGCUGUCCCAACAAUAAGACCACAUGUUCCUCUUGUGCUGGUGUCUUGACACCGAGAGAACUCCAGAAGCAUGUAUGUCCCAGUUCAAGCGAUAAGAAGGCGACUAAGGCAGAUAAACGGCAAAAGAAUAAUCACUCGGGCAGCUCGAAAAAGAAAGAGCCAUGCAUUUUCUCAGACGUUGGUUGUUCUUUUAAGGGUUAUGCAGACAAAGUAAAAGAACAUGAGUCCUGCAGCCAUGUGGGCCAUCUACAGCUCCUCUUGGAUGUGACCAGGGCUCUUCAGCGUACCUUGAGUUCCCCAGCUGACCGUGGCCAACACGAAAUCCCUGAUUUUCUUCAGCCUGAACAUUGUUGUGCAUCCCUCGCUUCUCCGAGUGAUGGUGAGAUUGAGACCGACGGAGGAGAUCCAGGAGUGAGUGAUAAGGCCUUCAGCCUCCACGAUGAUCAGGUUGAACUCGCUGUUGGCCAGCAACUGGACGCCAUACAGCAGAGAGUGCAGAUUAUGGAGAACAUCAUCUCAGCUUUGAACAGGGAGGUGGAGAAGACGCAGCUCAGUGUUGUUGCACUGGAGAGGGACAAUGACAACAGUCAGCAGAUCAUUGAGCACUUAGAAACCAAAGUAGCCGAGCUGGUGCAGAGGCUGGUCAGGAAAGACAUUCACAUCAGUUCAUUGCAGCAGUGUAUCAGCGCCCAGCAGGACGUCUCUUAUGAUGGCACCUUCCUCUGGCGGUUGUGUGAAGUUAGCCAGAGUCAGAGAGAGGCUGCCAGCGGCGUGAUGAUCAGUCAGUACUCGCCAGCUUUCUACACCGCCAGGUAUGGAUUUAAAGUGUGCAUGCGCCUCUAUUUGAACGGAGAUGGGGUUGGAAAGGGAACGCACAUCUCUCUUUUCUUUGUUAUAAUGAAAGGAGAAUAUGACCCCAUUCUCUCAUGGCCGUUCAGACACAAGGUAACGUUCUUUUUCAUAGAUCAGAACCAGAGGGAGCACGUCAUCGACGCUUUCCGCCCCGACCUCUCCUCUGCCUCUUUCCACCGGCCCGUCUCAGAGAUGAAUGUGGCCAGCGGGUGCCCCCUCUUCUUCCCUCUGGGGAAAUUGAGGUCGCCUAAGCACGCCUACUGCAAGGAUGACACAAUCUAUAUCAAGUGUGUGGUGGACAUCUCCUCCUGAACCAUGAAGGCCUG